AUUGAACAACGCAAAGGAUGAGAGUUUAGACGUCACAUCCUGUCGUCGCAAAGAGGGAAGCAAACAUGGCGGCACUAGCAGAAAAAUCAACGAAGGAGCGUCUGCUGUCUGUGUUGGAUGACUUAGAGGUUUUAUCUCGGGAGCUGAUAGAGAUGUUGGCUCUGUCCAGAGGUCAGAAACUCCCCCAACCAGGAGAAGACACUCAGAUCUUAGAGAUGCUUGUGCAGAGGGACAAGGAGUUCCAGGAGCUGAUGGAGGUGGCCCAGCAGCAGGGGAAGGUUCACCAGGAGAUGCAGCUAUUGGAGAAGGAGGUGGAGAAGAGAGACAGCGACAUCCAGCAGCUGCAGAAGCAGCUGAAGGAAGCUGAACACAUCCUGGCCACAGCUGUUUACCAGGCAAAGGAGAAGCUGAAAUCUAUUGAAAAGGCCAGAAAAGGAAGCAUAUCUUCAGAAGAAAUCAUCAAGUAUGCUCACAGAAUCAGUGCCAGUAAUGCUGUGUGCGCCCCGCUCAACUGGGUGCCAGGUGAUCCCCGCCGACCUUAUCCCACUGACCUGGAAAUGCGCAGCGGGAUGCUGGGACACAUGGCCAACCUGCCAACCAAUGGGAUGAAUGGACAUCUGCCCGGUGACGCUCUGGCUGCUGGAAGGUUACCAGAUGUUCUGACGCCUCACUACCCCUGGCAGUCCUCAGAUGUCUCUGUAGGGAUGCUCCCUCCUCACCAUGGAAACGACUUCGGCCUCGAGCCCCCAGGUCACAACAAGGAGAACGAGGAUGAUGUGGAAGCAAUGUCCACAGACUCAUCCAGCAGCAGCAGUGACUCAGACUGAAAAUCAGGCUUUCUGUUUGUGUGUGUGUGUGUGUUUUUUUUUUGUUAGGCAGCAUUUGAACACCCUUUUUCUCAUGAGGUUUAUUUAAAUCUGACCUAAUAUGAGAAUCGUUCAUAUGGAGGUAAAGCUAGUUUCAUAAAUAUGCUGUUAAUAAUUUGCAAAGCAAAAAGCUGUUUUGUUGAAACCCUUAAUCCUCCUUGUUUACGUGGAACCGAGACGCAGGUUUUUAGGUCAUGGGUUUGGUUUGCCCUUCAUAAAACGCAGCACAAGCGACACAAACAUCUUUUACUGCACAUCUACACGCCUUAUGUGUCUGAACAGGAUGUGUCUGAGCAGGCAGGUUGCCUCUGCUGUGAAGUUAUAACCAACCAUUUAUGCAUCAAUAACUACAAUGGGUGAGGUCUGAGGCUGAAUAAAUUGUGAGAGGUACUUGACUAAAGACUUUAAAAGAUGAUUAGUGCUUAUGUUUUCAUUCUUUGUAAUGAAAUGUGAUGGUUUUGUUUGUUUCCAAACAUAAAAAUCAUCUCUGCUCUUGUUUCAGCUCAGAUAAUCUGACUGCAUAUUCAUACAAAUUUACUAAAUUUUAUUCAUAUCCCUGAUAUUUUAUAUUAUCAUGCCACUUAAAGGCUAAGUUGUUUCCUCUAUAGUGAAAUGGAUAGAUUAAAGUAGGCACUGCCCUCUAGUGGUCAAUGAGUACCUAUCUCAGGUUCUCUUUAUUUACAUUCAAGAAAAGAAGUACAUCUCUUAAUUUAUUAAGAAAAUUACAACAGAUUGUGCUCUGUUUUUGAAUUUGCAUAAAAAGGUAAAGUCUGGUUAAGAAGCUAACUAAAAUAUUGAUUUCUAACUUGUAGAAAUUUUUUUUACAGCAUAGCAAGUGACAUUUUUUUUUAAGUCUCAAAUGGAUUCAUUCUGACAGACUCCUCUUUCCUUUAUGCUCUGGUGUGUUGAGGUUUGCAGACCUUCGUUUCUGCUCCUCACUCUUUGGGUUCAAAUAUUUGCAUUCUGGAAAAGGUCUUUGAAAUGUUGCAUCUCAAUGUGCUCAAAGCUGAGAAUGAAGAGUUUGAUGCUUGGAUUUUCAAACUUGUCUUUAUUUAGUAGUUUUCAAUUUGGUUAGAUUUGAAUAACAGAAAAUGUAAUCAUAUUUAUAUCGUUCUGGUAAAAAAAAAAAAAAAGAAAUUUAAAGUGAUGUAUACAAAGACUAAAACAAUGGAAGGUAAAGUUGGAUUUUUUUUGUUUUGUUUUACAGUUGUUUACCUUCACAUGUUUGGUUAAAUUUCUUUUUACUGAACAUGAUAAUAGGUAAUAGUAAAUACAAAUAUACUAAUUGAUCAUAUGAGAUUAAUUCUUUAUUAGAAAGAUGAUCAAAAUUGAAGAUUUAUUCCUAAAUAUCUAAAUAAGACUUCUUAAGAAGGAAUUAAUUAUCCUUGUACUAAAGGACUAAAAUAUUAAACAGGAGUUCAGCUUCUGAAACAAAUACUUAAUAGAGGAAGUUAGUUUCCACAAACUGAGCAUUCGUCAGCCUAAACAGGGCAACUUAUUCAGAAAGACACAAAGAAGUUACUUCAUUUAACGCGUUUGAUGGCUUUUGCAUCGCCCCUUUGGAAGUGACACAAACUUUAUUGCAGGAGCUUUUAAACUGAUCAAUAGCAUUUUUGUUUUAGGAAUGAUGUUUCUGUAAAAUCAUCUCAUGUUUACUUUGGCUGUGAAGUUGGUGCAGUUUCAUUUGGAUUCAAUCAAACUGAGGAUUGAUGUUUUUGUGAACUUUGUUAGGAGGACCAUCUUCCUUCAUAGGCAGAAACCUAAAACCCUGUUAAACCCUGUGUUCCUCGGGUUUGUUACAGUAGAGUUAACCAGCCCUCUGGUUAAAUUAAGCCAACAUUCACCAGUCAGUUUGAUCAUUUUGUUAGUCUUUCAUUUUCCAAAACAGCAUCUGUUACUGUUUAAAAUGUGUCUCUGCAGGCAACUCUGAUCCUGAAGAAAACCAAACUCAAACUAUUUAUUUGCUCGUCUCCUGAUUGUGUUUCGCUGAGUUUGUUGCAUGACUGAUUGUUGUCAUGGUGUGUGUGUGUGUGGGUGAUAACCUAUGGCCAUACAAUGUGUAAAUAACUUUGUCAAUAGUUUCCUUGUAAAUAAAUCAUUUUUGAAUAAA